AUGAAGCCGCUCCUUUCGAUGCCAAUUCACAGGAUGAUGGAUGAACUGGACGCUGAGAUCAGGGUUCAGAAACAGGAGGCAAUCAAUCGGUUGGAAUAUGGAGACUAUGAUGAUCUCGACCUUACGGGUGACGACAACAAGGAUUCAAGCGAGCGACUCUGGGUCGACAAAUACCGCCCGAAAAAAUACACGGACCUUAUGGGCGAUGAGCGUGUGAAUCGUGAGGUCUUGAGCUGGAUCAAAGAGUGGGAUCAGUGCGUGUUUGGGCGCCGUUAUAAAAAACAUAUCCCUGAGCACAAAAAGCAACAUUUCAAAGAGCCAGAUCCGCUUGGUCGACCCGAUCGCAAGAUUCUGCUGUUGACUGGCCCGCCUGGUCUUGGAAAAACGACCAUGGCGCAUGUCAUUGCAAAACAGGCUGGCUAUAAUGUGAUCGAGGUGAACGCCAGUGAUGACCGUACGGGCGCCUCAGUGAAGGGCAAAAUUGAGUCCGCACUAGAAAUUCAGUCGAUCCUCGGGAGCGACAAACCAAACCUGUUGAUUAUCGACGAGAUUGACGGAGUAUCGUCGAGCGGUGGAGAACAGAGCUUUAUCAAACUGUUGAUCGACAUCGCAACAGUUGAAGCCGGCUCUAGCGAGGAGAAAUCGAAAGCAACAAACAAGAGGUCCAAAAAGUUUACUAAGAAUCCGUUGAUGCGGCCCAUCAUUUGUAUUUGCAAUGACCAAUAUGCGCCUGUAUUACGCCCUUUGCGCGUUAUUGCUCAAAUAUACCAAUUCAAGAAGCCUUCCAUUCGUAGUGUUGUUAAUCGACUCCAGCAGAUUUGCGAAAUCGAACACGUCGCCAGUGACACCCGUGCAUUCAGUGUCCUAUACGAAAUGACGGAAGGAGAUAUGCGGUCCUGCUUGAAUACGCUGCAGUUUGUCAAGAACCGGAUUAGAGAGAGUACCAUAUUGACGCUGGACACAUUGAGCAAGGCCACAAUUGGACGCAAGGAUCAGAGCAAAUCUUUGUUCUCAGUCUGGGAGGAGCUCUUCCAGGCACCCUAUGCAAGAAAGGCAAGAGGUGCUCUCAAAGUCUUGGAAGAGGGUCAUGACAAUAAUACCUAUGUCAGUCGUAUGGUUAAUUUGAUUCAAACAAAUGGCGACUACGAGAAGUUGAUGCAAGGUUGCUUUGAAAACUUCCCUACGAUGGUAUUUCAUGAUGUUGCGAUGAGUAAGGUUGUCGAGUGCGGUGAAUGGCUGGCGUUCUAUGACCAACUCAAUUCGAGGAUUACGUCCAAUUUCGAGUACGAAGUUGGCGGAUACCUCCCUUAUGCGCUCGUCAAUUUCCAUCGGCUCUUUGCUGGCAGCGUGAGGCAAAAGAUCGAAUACCCGCGCAAGGACUAUGAGUCAUUUGUGGCGCACAAGGCGAACGAGAGUAUUCUGCAGGGAAUGGCCCUCAACUUGCCAGCCAAGGCACAAAGACACUUCCGCAAGAGCAACUUUGCGGCAGAGCUGCUCUCACCCUUCCUGCGCAUCCUUUCGCCAUUCUUGCGGCCUGUGAACAAGCAAUUGAUCAAGCCGGAGGAGCGCGCUGUGUUGAUGCGACUGGUGGAUAUCAUGAUCCACUUCCAGUUGACGUUUGUACAGGAAAAGACUGAGGAUGGCCAGUUUCUUUACCGCCUGGAACCAUCAAUUGAGAAGUUGGGGGAUUUCUCAGGCAUUGGACUCAAGAACGUGCUGACAAGCCGAUAUGCGGUUCGUCAAUUAAUUGCACAAGAGGUAAAUUUCUACACAGCAACUGGGAAAAUCACAUUGAACCUGACAUUUAUACUGUUGAAUAUUCUAACUUGAGAGGUAUGUCAUUGUUAUACCAGAUUGAGAUGGAGUUGGUACGACGAACAGAGGAAGCAAAGGAAGCCAAGAGGGGCGCGUUCUUUGGCAAGAGUGGCAAGGAUUUAUCUUUGGAGAGUAGUGCUAGUUUUGAAGCCAGUGCCUCUGGACCGAUCAAGAAUAGGGAUCAAGAUGAUUUUGAGAAGGAGGCGGUCGAUUUCUUUGGACGGGCAAUAGCUCAACCGAAGAAUGAUGGAUCUGGAUCGCUAGAUGGGUCGUUGACGGUAGGAUUGGGAUAUGGAGGAGCAGGCGGGUCGAAGAAGAAGACGAGGAUCUGGUACAAGUUCAACGAGGGGUUCUCGAAUGCUGUCAAGGCGAAGGUCUUUAUUAGCGAGCUGCUGUGAAACCCGUACCUGGAAAUAAAGCAGAGGAUAUCCCUGUGCGAGA